AUGAUAUCAACUAGAACCCCCCAUGGAGGCACUAUUGACGGCCGCCAAGCCGUGGAUAGAGCCCCUACUAAUCACAUCGUGCCGAAGCCGAUCCCCGAUUCACAGACUCGGGAUCCCCGGAGAUACCAGCUGAAUCAGAUAAAAAGGCGGUUCGCUCCUAUAGAAAACACGUUGCAGGACGGAACAACAAAUCUACUAUUCCAGCUCAAACCAUCCGAUCCAGACUUUCCUUUCGAGCUAGAUUAUCUAAAAUGCGAGCUUCGGGUACCUGGCUUAUAUCCGGAGAGGCCUCCCGUUCUUCGAGUUAAGAAUAAGGAUAUCCCUCGUGGAUUUGCCGUCAAUAUAGAAAGAGGAUGGGUCAGGCUUGUCCAUGAAAAUCAAGACUCAACUCUAUUGGCUCUUAUCAAUGCUUUAGACAAAAACCUCGAAGCAUUUCUUUCGGAGCGAAAGGCCGAGACUAUAACUCUAUUAUCUUUUAAGGAUACGAGACACCUAGAUAGUCCAGCCGCUGCGUUAGGCGAGGCUUCAUCUUCAACGGUUAAUGCACAACCAAAACCUACUCCGGCACCUAGAAGACAGUAUGUGCCGGAGGAAUCUUUCACGGAAGAGCAAAUCGCCACUGCGAGAGCAAGGCGAGCGCAAGAGAUUAGACAGCUCGAAUCUCGAAUGUCCCGGAUGCCUCACUACCAAAAAUCUGCGGAUGGGAUUGUUUAUACUUUACCCUUAGAGCCAAGACGACGGAGUGAAUUGCCGAUGGAGUUACAGCAAAUUCAAUCAGUUCAGUUGAUCAUCCCCUUGCUUUACCCCCUACAGCCUUUGAGAGCUCUGCUUAAUAACGUUGAGUCACAAGAUGCUGAGGCCCUAGAAGAAAUAUUUGCGCAAAGGGCUGCUCAACAGAAGCAGAUGAAUUUGACAAGUCAUCUAAAUUAUCUCUCACAGAAUAUCCACACAAUGGCCAAACAGGCUCACGCAGCUAAAAUUCAACCCGAGGUGGUUUCGAAAAGUGAUAGCGGGGUGACUGAUACCACAGCUCAACAAACGGCAGCUUCGAAGGCUGCUAAUGAUGAUGGAAGAAGUCACAUCCAUGUCGUUCCUCGUCCUCCAGAGUGGAGCUAUGGUAAUGAAUCGGGAGAAUCAGACAACUCUGACGAUGAUUUUUGGGACUCGGAGGAUGAAUCUGACGACGGGGGUGCGGCGACCGGCAUACGGAGCGAAGGCGUCUCGGUUGUUACGCAGCAGGCCGAAAAGGGCACGGCGAUGUCGUUCCCAUCAAUCGAACUACACGGUAUCGAGCUACUCCAAGUAUCGAUAUUAAACCUUAGCGUGAAGUGCGAGCGCUGUAAGACAUUAAACGAGAUAACGGGGUUAAAACCAGAGGUGGAAAAGACAGGCAGCUGCAAAAAGUGCGCCACAGCAUUUACAGUUAAGUUCCGUCAAGAGUUGGUGCACCAGAGCUCGACCAGGGCCGGGUUCAUCGACGUUGCUUGCUGCACCGUCGCCGACAUGCUUCCUAGCACAUUCAUACCUACAUGCUCCCGAUGUUCGACGCCGAGUCAGGGGCUAGUAACCGUCCGAGGAGACGCCAUCACCAACGUGUGCCGGGAGUGCCACGCCAAGUUCACCUUCAAGAUCCCAGAGGUCAAGUUCCUCGCCAUCAGCCACGGGUCGCUACCGCCACCAGCAGCCGGGCCACGGAAGCGCGUGGAGAAACUAGGUCUACACGCAGGCGACCCGCUGCCCGAGAAGGGCACGUGUGGACACUACCGGCGGUCGUACCGGUGGUUCCGCUUCUCGUGCUGCGCCAAGGUGUACCCGUGCGACAAGUGCCACGACGCGGCCGAGGACCACCCGCAGGAGUGGGCGAACCGCAUGGUGUGCGGGUGGUGCAGCCGGGAGCAGAACUACGCGGUGGAGGCGUGCUUGUUCUGCGGGCGCAGCGUUAUCGGGAAGAAGGGGAGAGGGUUCUGGGGGGGGAAAGGGAACUCGGGAUAG